AUGGAUAAAAUUGACCAUCGUAUGAGCACGUUGGAAUCUCCCACAAAUAUUCCUUCUCUCCCCCUUGAUUUCUCUGCCUGGAAUUUAACUUGGGUCAUGAAAGACUCUUCCCCGUUCUUCCCUCACAGCGGACAACAUGUGUUUGACUGCAAUUUUGAAUUGCCUUGUGAGCUGGAAUAUUCUCCUCCACUGAAGGACAAAGAAAACCACAACAGGACCUGGCACAGAGUGAGUGCAGAGGAGCUAAACUUUUUGGAUGGACCAAAGAGAGAUCACUCUGAGGAUUCACCUAGAGGUUCAUUCCUGUUCCUCAAUACAUCAGAAAGCAUGAGCCCCAUCAUCUUGAGCCCCUGGCUGAGGAGCAGUAGUGAGCAAUGCACUAUGCAGGUGUCUGUGUACAGGCAUCUCCAACAAAGCGGGGACUAUAUUGCUCGGCUUCUCCCUGCUGACGAAAGUAGCAGUGAAAUCCUGUUGGCCCCAAGUCAAGAGAAACAUGGAGAAUGUGGUGCUGUAUCUGAGAGCUCUUGUACUUCCUCCAUGCUGAGAUCACUGCUGAAAGAUGGCUUUGUUGAUCCGUGUUCCACUUUGGAAAAGCCAUCAAUGGUACAGAGGGUCCAUCCAUCUGUUAGAGAAUGGAAUUCUAAAAUAAUCUGUAACAGAGUGGAAGAAGCAUAA